GGAGAUGUAGUCAUAGGGGGUGUAUUUCCUCUACAUUACAGCCCUCUGUCAUCUCUUCUGACAUAUAAAUCGAAACCAACACCUAGAACGUACAAUUAUUUCAGCUCUCGUGCCUUGCGCUGGAUGCAGACCAUGACUUUUGCCAUCAAAGAGAUCAACCAGCGCAGUGAUCUUCUGCCACACCUCAAACUAGGUUUCCACAUCCGUGACAGCUGUGAUGACAUAGCUGUGUCCCUGAAAGCAUCCUUUCUGUUAGUAAACGGUCAGCCUGAGAGAACUCUCAGAGCUAAGAGUCUGAAGACAGACCAGAUAAUCAUAGGAGAUGCUGCAUCUGGGGUAUCUAUGGCUCUGUUACGAAGCCUGGGUUCUUUCCAUAUACCUCUGGUGAGUUAUUUUGCAUCAUGCAGCUGUCUGAGUAACCAGAGGGAGUUUCCCACCUUCAUGCGCACCAUGCCAAGUGACACCUUCCAGAUACGAGCCUUGGUGCGGCUUGUUAGUUAUUUCGGCUGGACCUGGAUGGCAUCUUCAAGGGUCAUUAUUAAUUUUUCUGGUGAGUCAGAAAUGCAGGACAUUCUGGGAGAGUUCCAGCGUCGGAAUAUAACUGGUUAUCAGUGGAUUGCAAGUGAGGCCUGGGCCACUGCCAAGAUGUUGUGGGAAGAAUCCGGAGAUCGCCUUCUAGGAACGUUAGGAUUUGCCAUCCGCAGGGCUGCUGAGAUCCCAGGUCUGCAACAACAUCUCACAAAUCUCACAUUAUCAGUGAUUCAUAAAUUAGCCUUUUUUGCAGAAUUUUGGGAAGAAACAUUUAACUGUCGAUUAAAGGGAUCAAUGAACAGCCAUUAUCAUGGGGUGGAAAGCCCCCAAAACAGACUGCCAUGUAAAGGGACAGAAGAUUUGUAUGAUGUUUACUCUCCUUAUUCUGAUGUGACACAGCUUAGAGUGUCCUAUAAUGUCUAUAAGGCUGUACAUCUGGUGGCUCAUGCCUUGCAAGACAUGAGUAAUUGCAAAGUUGGAAUUGGGCCGUUCCUGAAUGGCACCUGUGCGAACCCAAAAAAAUUUGAACCUUGGCAGCUCCUCCACUAUAUGAAGAAUGCUAAUUUUUCGGUACUGGAGGAGAAUGUCAACUUUGAUCAAAACGGUGACCCAAUUGCAUACUAUGAUCUUAUGAACUGGCAAAGUAGACCUGAUGGCUCUCUAAACUUGGUAAAAGUCGGUUACUAUGAUGCGUCGUUGCCUUCUGGACACAGCCUGAUCAUAAAUCACACAAUGAUCCAGUGGCCCAUGGGGAAGCAGGCUAUCCGGUCUGUAUGCAGUGACAGUUGUGGUCCAGGUUCACGCAUUACCAGAAGAAAGGGGGAACCUAUCUGCUGUUACGACUGUGUUCCCUGUGCUGAAGGACAAAUUAGUAAUAAGACAGAUUCUUUAGAGUGUUCAUCAUGCUCAGAGAAAACAUGGUCCAAUGAAGCCAAAGAUCUCUGCAUCCCAAAGACUAUAGAGUAUCUAUCUUACCAUGAGUUCAUGGGUAUUCUGUUGUGUGUGGCAUCUGUCCUCGGAGCGUCCAUUUCGAUUGCCAUCAUUGCCAUUUUCUUCACAUAUAAAGACACUCCUGUGGUUCGUGCCAACAACAUGGAAUUAAGCUUUCUUCUUUUGGUAUUCCUCGCCAUCUGUUUCCUUGUUGGCUUGCUGUUCAUUGGGGAGCCCUCUGACUGGCUCUGCCUUAUCCAGUAUCCAGCAUUUGGGAUCAGUUUUGCCCUCUGCAUUUCAUGCCUUCUGGCCAAAACAGCAGUGGUACUAAUGGCCUUUAACUCCAGACUGCCAGCCAGCAAUACCAUGAAGUGGUUUGGAGCAAAACAACAGAGAGCCAGUGUGUUUUUUGGAACAGCUGUUCAGGUAAUAAUCUGUCUUAUAUGGCUGCUCAUCAGUCCACCACAUGCCAAUUAUAAUACAAAUUACCACAGUUCUACAAUCAUCAUGGAGUGUGUCACUGGUUCAGACAUUGGCUUCUGGUGUGUCCUUGGAUACAUUGGUGUCCUGGCUUGCAUGUGCCUCUUAAUGGCUUUUUUGGCUCGGAAUUUGCCUGAUAAUUUUAAUGAGGCAAAGUUCAUCACCUUCAGCAUGCUGAUUUUCUUUGCUGUGUGGAUUACUUUUAUCCCAGUUUAUAUAAGCACAUCUGGAAAAUACACUGUGGCUGUUCAUAUUUUUGCUAUUUUAGCUUCAGCUCUUGGGCUUCUAUUUUGCAUUUUUGUUCCCAAGUGCUAUAUAAUUUUAUGGAAACCAGAAAAGAACAGCAAGAAAAAAUUAUUGCAGAAGUGA